UUGAUGUACAACUGUGCCUGUUCUAGAGGGUGUGCUAAUUAUAAUGCUAUAUGCCCAAAACAUUUUGACAGGACAAGACACUGAGUAAAUAGAUAUUUUUCUUAAAAAAUAACUGUGUUCUUACCAGCUUCCUUUGGGUCACAAGCAUAGUUACAAGGAUAAGAAAUACUACUAGAUGUCAAAUAAUAGAUAAGUUUUAUCCCCAAGUGUUUAGCUGUAAAAGUAGCACAUUCCUUUUAUAUUUUUAAAUUUAUGUUUCUUUAAAUUUUACACUUAAGAGUUCAUACUUUUCUGUAUGCUCAUAGCAAAUUUGAUGGACAUUUUGUAUCCAAAAGAAAAUUUCUAAGAAUUGUUCAUGAAAAUGCUAAAAGAUAAGUUUAUCAGGGUAUUUGUAGAUUAGUUUUGCUAUGAACAUGAAAGUGAGGCUUGCAGACUGGUCCAGUAUAUAUUGCAAGUUAGACUGGGGAAGAAGGUGAUCUAGCCAAAAAAAAUUCUUUCAAGUGUUGACUGGGAAACAUCUUUUUCAUUAUUCUUCUGAUUAUAACCAUAACAUCUUCCAAUAGGUUAUAGAAAGAAAUGAUAGGGUUAUAUGUUACCAGUUUUUAGUUAAUCCCAAACUUACUACAAGCAAGUUAAUAACAUCUCUUACUUUGUCCCCCCAAUAAUCCAAAUCCACCCUUUUUCUUGAAUAACCUUGCCACCAAUUUUAUAACACAAGUGUGUUAUUUGGAUAUUGAUGCCAUGGUAACUGAAAGAAAACUGUUUUGUGUCUGGAUAGAAAAAUUGGCUUUAUACCAGUGCUACUUCUUUCUGAUUGUCUUGGAUUCUUUCAGUUACCCUUAGUAUAUUUAGGUGUUUUAACUACCAUAAGAGUGUCCUGAAAUUAUUUUUUCCAGGGUACAGGCUCAUAUUCCUUCAGUCAAGAUGUCCUAAAAACCUGUCACCUUAUUUUCUUUUCAUUAUAUGGAGAACAAUAGACUUGCCUCAGAAAAACUGACAAUAGCUAUUCAGACUUUAGUAAUAGGUUUCACACUUUAAAAAUUUCCAGUUUUCAAUUGAAAAUUUAUAAACACUCAUCUAGCAUUUCUUUAAGAAAAAGUGGGAAACCUUUUUUAUCAAUUGUAUUUGUCUUAUAUUAAAGCACAUUUAUAUAAUUUAGAAAACGUUUAGCAAGAAUAUAGUGUCCUAAAUUCUGAAUAUCAUUUUAGUACAGGUUUCCUUCCUUAGCACAGGGAAGGUCAGCAGAUGGACUGGAAGAUGUUUGUUCUUUCUACUAGGAUUUUACAAUAGUUGGCAUUUUGGCCAGCUUUGUUAUAAUCACACUGUAUUUUCUACCAGUCAAACCCAAGUUGGAGAGGUAAAAGUGGGGUUUUGUGUCUCUUCCUAGCAGCUUCCAGAUUGAGACCUUUGUUUAGAUAUCAGGAGGUGCUUGGUUAAGAGUUUAAAGGAGGUUAUAACCUUUGAAGUCGUUGUUUAUAGGCUGGAAAAUUAUUUAAACUUGAAGAAGGUUUCUGGUUUUAUUUAGUUAUUAAUGGUGUGUUUAAGUUGGAGGAAAAUCAACUUCAACGUAGAAUUUGUGUUGAGGAAAUGUAUGUGGCAACUGGUGCUUAUACCCCCCCACCAAAUGUAGGAAUUGGUAUAUUUCAGAUCACAAUAACCUUAAUGAAUUUACUUAAUUUGUUCUGGAUGGUAGGAACCAUCUUUGCAUAUUUUUCCAAUUACUUGAGAACCUUCUAUGUUUGGUUGCUGGGAUAUUGCCAUGGUCACAUUCUGUGUUGGGUCUAGAGCAGUGACUGUGGAAUUGGUGGCAACCAAGACGCAAGGCUUGGAGCUAGGCUGGCUGUGAAGUCUGCUGUGUGGUGAAGCCACUCAUUGACAUGGACCAGAAGACUCUCAAGAAACUGGUGGAAUCUGUAACUAAAACUGUGAAGAGCUUCAAAAAAAGUGAAGUAGAGUGUCUCAUAAAGCUUUUUAACAGCUUGGUAGGAAAAACUCAUGAAAGACUUGAUAAGAUUGGGCUAGAUCGUAAUGCAUUUCGAGGGAUCCUGUACAGUGUUUUUGGAAUGACUGAUGAUAUGCUGAUGAAUAGAGUGUUUUUUGCAUUUGAUAAAGACAAAGAUAAUCGCAUAAAUGUAAAAGAGUGGGUUAAAGGAUUAUCAGUGUUUCUUCGAGGGACUUUUGAAGAAAAGCUGAAGUUCUGUUUUGAAGUUUAUUAUUGGAAUGGUGACGGUUAUAUUUCUCAAGAAGAAAUAUUUGACAUGUUGAAGAACAGUCUACAUCAGCAGUCAUCUGAAGAAGAGACUGAAGAAGGAAUAAAAGAGUUGGUAGAUAUAAUACUGAAGAAAAUGGAUUAUGACAACGAUGGCAAGAUAUCUUUUGCAGACUUUGAAAAAGCAGUAAGAGAAGACAGACUUUUGUUGGAGGUGUUUGGACCAUGUUUACCAGAAGAAAAGAAUUGUCUUGAUUUUGAAGUUCUGGCAUUCAAAAACGUCCUGACUUCUAAUUUUUGAAUGUGAAUCACAGAAUUCUUGUAUUAAGAAAAUCAGAAACAGAGCCUGGUUGUCUAACUUAUUUGUAUUGUAAAGUUUUUAUAUUUGAUUCAAUUAGUUUACAUAUAGUUACUGUAAUAAGAGCAGUAAUGAAAAAAUAUGAGAGGUAAUGUUAUAUGACAAGACAGUUUCUGUAAUUUUAAGAUAUGGAUCAAAAUAAUAUCUAUAAUAAAGAAUAAACUAUAAUUUUUAAAAAAUAAUAUUAGACAAAUAGCAUGAAUGAAAUUACAAAGAGGCGUGCAUAAAUAACAGCAGUAAAAUUUCAAGAAUUAAAACAACAGACUAAAAAUAAAAAAUAGUUUACUGCUGGCGAUCUAUAUUCUUCUUCUUUGUUUUAAUGGAUGACUUGUAUGCACAUCUUCUAGGUUGUCCUUUGAAGGCUCUGGCACAGAAGAAAUUACCUAGUUUAAAAAAAGAUAACCACCAAAAUUUAGUUUUUGUAGUAAAGGGUAAAUAAGCUGUUAGAAGAGGCAGGAGAUACAUCCACUAGUUCAACCCUUAUUGUUACAUUUGAACCAGAGUUGGCCCAAGAGUAUAAUCUAGGUGUAAAGCAAAGUUUUCUGCCCAAACAUUAAUGGGAAUAAAAUUUCUAAAGCCAUUUAACAAGAAAAAAAAUUGGGGGGUGAUCGGGGUGGUGGAAGUGAACAUAUCCUCUAUUUUUAUAGAUCUAAAGAUAAUUUUAUUUUAUGGAUACAGAUUUCUUGGUUAUGUAUAGCCUGAAUGUUAUAUCAACAUAUAAACAUAGAUGUAUGUUUGAUAUAUUUAGAGACAUGGAGGACUGAGAGGGAGAACUAUAAAAUUUGGAGAAAUAAGUAGUAAAUUGUAUAAUCCUUCAUUUUCUUUGGGAAAAAUGAAAACCAAAACAUAUUUUCAGAAAAAAAGAGUGGACAAUAAUCAAAGCAGAGUAAGAUAGUCUUCAUUUAAAAUAGAGAAUUAUUAGAAACUGUAGUAAACUGUGUUUAGUAUCUCUCUUUUUUUCUGUAUUUAGGAUUUGGACCUCACUUUUUUUCUUCAAAAUGCAAUCUGCUCUGGCUGAGACAGCUAUAUAUAUCUAUGCCUCAGAUCACCUGUAUCUGAAGGAGAUAAGGGUACCAGCACAAACUAAAAAACUUAAGAAAGCAUAGAAAUUGAGUCCAGGGAUUUUUACUAUUAUAAAACAACCCCUCAUCCUUAAUCAGAUCAUAAGUUUCAGGUAGAAAACUUAAACUACCCUAUAAAUAUGGCCUCUUUAUAAAUUACAUUAGAAAAUAUAUGUACACUAUAUCAAUAAAAUGCACUUUCUAAGCCUUGCAGUAAAAAUAUGAGAAUGCUCUUUCACUUCAGUUUAUGAUUUCCCAGUGCCCUGGCCUGCAACAAAAGCUGUCAUUGAAAACUAAUUUAAAUAUUAACUAAAUAUUAACUUUCUUUUACCUGUGCUUAGGAAAUUGAAAGUGAUUAUGUAUAUAAUAUAAACAACAGUCACUACAUAGGUAGCACAAUCUAGUUCUAAUUUUUUAAAUUUAUAUUUGAAAUGUAAAACUUAAAGCCCAAUCUUUAGAAAUCUCUCCAUCUAUGGCUGUCUUUCUUAUAGAAGCAAAGUAAGUAUUUUGCAAUUGAUGUAAUUUGUGAGAACUUCAAAUUUAGAAGAAUAAAUAAUUUGUAAUAAUUUUCUUUUAAUACAAGAAGGGUUCUCAACUUUGGCUAUUAGAACCAUCUGUGGAGCUUUAAAAGAGAGGGGGCUUGGACUCUAUCCUCAGAGACUGACUUAACUAUUGAAAGCACAGCUUUAAUAUUUUACAUCUAAAGUGAUAUAAAAUAUAUUAUGUUCAUUUUUUAAAGCAAGGAUUAAUGGUACCAAAGCAAACUUGUUAGUCAAAUUCAGUUAGUUCAACAGAGACUUGUAUAAAAACAUAUCAAAAAACUAAAAAUUGAAAGAAAAGAAAGCACAAUACUAAAAUUCCCUCAAGUGAUUCCAUUUAGUUACUUGUUAGCCUUAUAAACAAGUGGUCUUUUACAACAGUCUCUUGUAAAUGAUCUUACCUCUUUAAGUUUAUUCCGAAUUAAAUUUGCUGUUGUAUUCAACGAGUCAUCAUCCAUAUCCACUUUAGCUAUAUCUGGUAAUAGAGGCCCAAUCAAAACAUCACUACUACUCGUGCUUGUUUCAAGAAAAGUUCCAAGUCUACGAUCAUUUUCUCUUCUUCUUUUCCGCUCUUGCAACUGGGUUGUCCUAGGCAUAAAUCUGUCAAUUGCCUCUGAAGAAGUAACAACCUUUUGUGCAUCAGGGCAGGCUAAUGACUUUUUAAAAGUUUUCAUCUGUAUUUUCUGCAAAGAGUUAUUGUGGUUAUCAUGCUCCACUGUUUCAUCAUGGUUUCUACCAUCCUGAGAGGCAACGGAUGCUUUGUUCACAUGCUCCCCUGAUGAACAUGUACAUUUUGAGGAGCAAUAACAUAAAGGCAAUUCACAAGAAUAAGGAAGAUAAGGAUUUGAGUUUCCAGAAGUGUUCAACGUAGCUGCACAAAAUCCAGACAUCUCUGAGUGGAAGUCCUGUCUAAAAUCUUUUGUGUCUUUAUGCUCUGUAACCAGUUUCUUCUUUGUCAUGUUAUGGUCUUUAUAUUAAAAUUUAAAAAGGGGAGAGAAAUAGAAACGGUUCAUUUAUUGUUUGCAUCUUCAGAGUAAGAGUUUUAAAAACAAAUAUUUGUCAUUUAAAAAUGUUAACAAAUAGCACUCUAAAAAAUUGUUUCUUGAGCAGGCAAUACAUUUAUAUGUUUUAAAAGCUAAAAGCAGAAAAAUGGGAUAUAGUAUCCAGGUGACCCUUUUCUUGUUCCCCAUCUGCACAAUUUCUGCCUCCCAUAAGUAAUCACUAUUCUUAGUUUAUUAUUUAUCUCUCCAGUACAUCUUUUCUUCCUCCCACCCAAACCUCUUUUCCUCCCCAGUCAGAAGGUAAACUGUAAUACCCAUUUCUCUGUACCUUUUCUUUUCCCACUUAACUUUAGAUCUUGGAGAGUUUUUCCAUGUUGUUACAUAAAAAGCUGCUGCUUUGUGGUACAGUUUCAGAGUAUUCCACUAUAUGGAUGUAUCAUGCUGCUUAGUUUGUAUUUAUUAGUUUUAAAGGAGGCAAUAUGCUGGGCUUACUUUCAGGACCUGCACAGGCCUCUUCCCUGGUCUAUCCUCCCAAAUGCAGACUGUGCUACAAGAUUAGAGUGUGGAAGAUGUGGUAAAAAUGAAAUAAGACUGGCAACAGAUUCAUAAUUGUUGAUGUUGCUAAUACAUGGAAAGUACAUUAUCUUAGUCUUCUACCUUUGUAUGUCUUAAGUUUUCCAUAAUAAAAAGUUUUUAAAAAGUUUGUAAAAUAUAGAAUACUGCAGAU